AUGUCUGAUACAAGGAACGUGCGUGUUCGACAUAAUAAGUCAAAUUCACCAGCAGACUCAUUUAACUAUCCUGCGCAUUUUGUUCUCAGUACUGGUGAUUUUCAAUCGAAUGAAAAAGACAACGAUACUCGUCUGGUUGGACGAAACAAACAUAACACGAUACAAAUUAUUUUUCUGAUUUUCACAGCUCUAGCGUAUCUUAUACAUACUCUAAGAGCGUACAUACCGGAAACACUGCAGAGCCAAUCUCAAUUUUGGUCAAAUCUUGCAGUACGGCCGAUAACUCGCGUCUACACAACGGAUCUACGACCGAAUGUGGUGAUCGAAAGCUUAGUCUAUCGUUUAGCUGAAAAUUGGCAGACAUUUUGGUUAAUUUAUAUCUUAUCCUACAUUCCACGUCGUACUCAUUUCGGAUACCUCUACCGCAAUCCGAACAUCUUCAAUUCUCUUCUGUGUUUUCUUUUUAUCGGUGCACUUGCAUUACAGUCAGUCAGUCACUCGUCACCAUCAUCCGAACUCUCAUGCGGAUGUUUAGUCGCAAGUUUCAUUCUUCUUACCAUCACUUGUCGACUUGUUGCCGUGAAAGUCUAUCGAUAUGAUCAUAAAUACAGAGCCGCUGACUUAACAAUUGAUUCAAUUAUUUUACGUUAUUUUGUAUUGAAUAGUCUCUUUCUUUACACAACUUCAGUGGCGUACUCGAUAGUCUGUGCCAUUGUUGAAUAUAUCGGUAUUUAUCUAGAUCCAAAUGCGGUAUCAUCGACAUCAAUUAGUUUUUGUACAACAAUUGGCUUGAUAGUCAUGUUUUUUCUUCUUCUCAUUUAUUUUCUUCUCGAUCUCUUUGUUUAUGAACAAGAAUUUCGAUCAAUUUGGACACCGUACUUGUUUACCGGAUACGUUUUUAUCUGUCCACCAUUACGGGAAACCGUUCUGUUCGAGCCUGAAACAAUUUCAAACAAUGUCAACUAUUAUCUCUUUUGGUUAGUAUUCAGUAGUGCAAUGUUAAUGUUAUUGAUACGAUUGUAUCGACAAAUAUCAUUGAAAUGUGGCAAAUCGAAGAAGCGAAUACGUAUUAGUUCGAAUAUUGAACAAAUAAGUUCCUAA